AUGGCUGCUAUUAAAAACAAACAGAAAAUAACAGGUGUUGGUGAUGACGUGGAGAAAUUGGAAGCCAUGUGCACUGCUUGUGAGGAUGCGGCCCUCAGGCACAGACCCAGCCCCUACGUCAUGAACCUUCUGGUGCCACCCAGUGGCGGGGUUCUGGUUGUCGAUGCCCUCAGCUUCCACCUGCCACUGGGAGGUUGGAAUCGUGACCCAUUCAAACACGUCUUCCUGCUCAUGAUGACUGACUUGCUCCCAGCCACUAGCACCUCCUUCAUCAGUGUCUACUUCACCCUGUGCCUGUCCCUGAUGGUGGUCAGCCUGCUGGAGACGGUCUUCAUCACCCACCUGCUGCACGUGGCCACCACCCAGCCCCUACCCCUGCCUCAGUGGCUCCACUCUCUGCUGCUGUCCUGCACCAGCCCAGGGAGAUGCUGUCCCACUGCGCCCCAGAAGGGAAAUGAGGGCCUGGGUCUCACCCCCACCCACCUGUCUGGUACUAAGGAGCCACAGGUGUCAGCAGGGCAGAGGCCAGGCCCCAGGGAGACAGAGCUGACAGGGGGCUCAGAACGGACAAGGGCCCAGCAGGAGCAUGAGGCCCAGAGGCAGCACUCGGUGGAGCUGUGGGUGCAGUUCAGCCACGAGAUGGAUGCCCUGCUCUUCCGCCUCUACCUGCUCUUCAUGGCCUCCUCCAUCCUCACCAUCAUCGGCCUCUGGAACACCUAGGCAGGGGCUCACCUGCGAACUUCAGUCUGGAGCUUCUCUUGCCUCCAGGGGCCAGCCAGGCUCUCAUGCCUGUCCAAAUUUCAGCCUCACUGCCCUGGCCACCACCUCACUUAUGACCCAGUCCUCUCUGUAGUUUCAGACCAGACCAGAAUCAUUUCCUAUGCCCUCCAAAACUCAGAUCUUCACUCCUGCAUGCCAUCAGCCCCACUCAGCCCUCCCAGGAGUCCUGCCUCCCUGGCUCCUCAGGAUUAGGUUCCUAGGGGAUGUCAUUGAUUGAAUCACCCCAAUACACCCCUUUGCAGAAAGCAUUGGCUUUUCCCUGAAUUAUGUUACGGUAAAACAUCUUGGGAUUGAGAGUCUUCCUGCAGAAACUCCUCAUUAGCCAAAGUAAGAAGGAGUUUCUCUUAUGUACGUGUGUUUUUAAGUCUAUCAGGCAUCAUGUGAAGUGAGAGAAAGAGAAAAAAAGGGCCAAAAUCUAUUAGAAGGAAUUACAGUAAAACAGAGAUUAACUUCCUAAAUCCAGUUACGCUGGACUUAAGCUUCAGAAAUUUAUGUGCGAAAACCAGGCCUCUCCUGAAGCCUUUUGUCACAGCCUGGCACAUGACUCAUUCGUCAUUAAGUACUUAGAGUGUUAACAUAAUCCUCAUUACCGCUAACAGUGUCUGUGUCGCAAUUUGAGUUGAUCUACCCUUAAUCAUGCUAGGAAAAGAAUAUGAGGCCAAGGGAGGCACAUUUGAAACUGACAGCUACCGGCCGGUCGCGGUGGCUCACGCCUGUAAUCCCGGCACUUUGGGAGGCCAAGGUGGGCAGAUCACGAGGUCAAGAGAUCGAAACCAU